CUCGUCGGAACCCGUUCUCGUCUUCCCUGGCCGUUCCCCGGCGCAUUCUCGACGAUGGCGACUCUGACAUCACAGAUGGCCUCGCUUAAGCUCGAAGCCUCUCACACGAUACCCGCGCCACCGCUUGCGAAACACAAGAGCGCUAGCCAGCUAGCGUCUCUGAAGCCGGCGAAACCGAUACAGGCCUCAGACACGAAACAGCCUACGAAGUCACCCAUUCAAGAUGCACUCGAUAUCGGGCAGUAUGACGGGGGACUGGAGCUAGAGAACGAGAAGCGUGGGGAGCUGGUGACUGGAGCUGCCGCAGUCGAACUCGCACUGGAUUCGAGCCUUUCCAAUAUAUCUCCCACGCGGGAGUGGUCGCUGCACUCAUUCGACAUGGGUCGCCCGCUCGGCAAAGGAAAAUUCGGGCGCGUCUACAUGGUCCGCACCAAACAACAACCGCACUACAUCCUCGCGCUCAAAACGCUGUACAAAUCCGAGCUCGUCGCGCACCACGUCGAGAAGCAGACGCGGCGGGAGAUCGAAAUCCAGCAGAACCUGCGCCAUCCGAACGUCCUGCGCCUCUACGGCUACUUCCACGACGACAAGCGCAUAUUCCUCAUGCUCGAGUUCGCCGCGAAGGGCGAGUUGUAUAAGCAGCUCGUCAAGUACGGGAAGUUCUCUGAGAGACGGAGCUCGCGGUACAUCGCGCAGAUGGCCGAUGCGUUGAUCUAUCUACAUGGCAAGCACGUUAUCCACCGAGACAUCAAGCCAGAGAAUCUGCUGCUGGGGAUCAACGGCGAGCUGAAGAUUGGUGACUUCGGAUGGUCUGUCCAUGCACCGGGCCUGCGACGCACGACGCUUUGCGGGACAACAGACUAUUUGCCCCCGGAGAUGCUUGAAAAGAAGCCGCACAGCGAGAAGGUCGAUCACUGGGCGUUAGGGGUGCUGGCGUACGAAUUUUUGACGGGGGCUCCUCCGUUCGAGGACAGGAAGAGUGUGGACAACACGUACCGGCGCAUCGUGAAAGUCGAUCUCAAGUUCCCAGCGAACAUGCCUCCCGACGCGCAGGAUCUGAUCUCCCAACUGUUGCGCCACGACCCCCAGGAUCGACUGCCGUUGAGUGAUGUGCUGAAGCACCCGUGGAUCGUCAAAUGGCAGCCUCGAAAGGCUUGACAGACGGAGGGUUAUCUAUAUCUGUUGUAGUAUAUAUGUAUAUGUACUUAUGUAGCCUGUAACAGGUAAUCGAGAGACGGAGAUGUAAAAG